CCCGGUGCGUCUCCCGCACGGGGCCAUGAACGGGACUGCGAACCCGCUGCUGGACCGCAAGGAGCACUCCCUGCGGCUCGGGGAGAGCUUCGAAAAGCGACCCCGGGCAUCCUUCCAUACCAUUCGCUAUGAUUUUAAGCCAGCAUCUAUAGACACUUCCUGUGAAGGAGAGCUUCAGGUUGGCAAAGGAGAUGAAGUCACAAUUACACUGCCACAUAUCCCUGGAUCUACACCGCCAAUGACUGUGUUCAAAGGGAACAAACGACCAUAUCAGAAAGACUGUGUGCUUAUUAUUAAUCAUGACACUGGUGAAUAUGUGCUGGAAAAACUCAGCAGCAGCAUUCAGGUCAAGAAAACAAGAGCUGAGGGGAGCAGUAAAAUCCAGGCCCGAAUGGAACAGCAGUCCACUCGUCCCCCACAGUCAUCGCAGCUGCCACCACCUCCACCACCCAUUCCUUUCAGAGCUCCAACGAAGCCUCCAGUUGGAUCCAAAACUUCUCCCUUGAAAGAUAACCCCUCACCUGAACCUCAGCUGGAUGACAUCAAAAGAGAGUUGAGGGCCGAAGUUGAUCUUAUUGAGCAGAUGAGCAGCAGCAGUGGGAGCAGCUCCUCAGACUCUGAGAGCUCCUCAGGCAGCGAUGACGACAGCUCCAGCAGUGGAGGCGAGGACAAUGCCCCAGCCUCUCCUCCACAGCCUUCACACCAGCAGCCCUACAACAGCAGGCCCACCGUCGCCAAUGGAACCAGCCGGCCACAAGGAAGCACCCAGCUUAUGAACACCCUCAGAAAUGACUUGCAAUUGAGUGAGUCUGGCAGUGACAGUGAUGACUAGAGCCGGAUCUUUCAAAAUCUACUUUUUGGUGCACAAAUUUGCUGCAAGACUGGGGCUGCUUUAGCAUGGAGUCCUUCAUCAAGAGGAAUAUGUUGUGGAUCAGGGACUGCAGUAGGAGUUUGAGGCUCUGGAGCUGUGAUAUUCAAAUCUUUAACUUGGAGGUGAUAGGUGGUUUUCUCAUGUGUUUUUGAACAAUCUCAUAUUUCAAAGUUUUAAGUAGAUCUGUAGAAGAUCUAACAGAAUUAUAGUCCUAUCUAAUUAACAUUGUUAAUGAAAAAUAGACAAAUGUGCACUGGUCUAGGUUACUCAAAGGCCAUGUCUUCACCAAGCUAGUGAUUCAGUUUUAAGCUGUUUGGUCAAGUGGGUCUGUACGAGUGAAAUGAAACAAUCUUUGAGGGGUAGAAGAAGAAGGAAAACCUUAAACUAUAGCACAGAAAAAUGUUUAAACCACUUUAAACUGUUGGUGCAAAGUGGUAGGAAAGUUUUAUCUGACCCUGCCUGACAAGCCCGGAUAGAACUACAUUUUAAGCCACUAUUCUCAAGUGC